AUGGCGAUAGAUCUAAGCCUGGGUGAGCGAGAGCUCAUGUCGAUGCUCUCUGAUGAGAGUCUCAGCAGCUUUGAGAUUUGUCCCAGUCGCGGCCUGCUGGCGCUACUGGCGUACAGGUCGUGUAAAGAAAUUAUGCGCGGCACCCCGGGUCUUGUACACAUCUAUGAGGACUAUUUUCGUCAGCUGAGGAACAAGAUGGUCGAAGACCCAUCUCAGCGCUCCCAUCGAGAUGUUCUCCAAGAAUUCCACCAGGAAACGAGUGCCUCAAUCAAGACCCUCCAGCAUCAAGUCGAGGUCUUGAAGGGUCUCGAUGAGUUCAAUGCUGGAUUUGGUAAGCGCCCUGACAAGCCUGACCCGACAGCCGCCCUCUCUUGA